GUGAUUUUUAAUACAUUUUUGACUGAUUUGUGGGUGUGAUUUGCACAUCAGGGCCACCAUAAAGUAAAUCAGACACUAAAUGAAACAGAAGUUAAAUCAGUAAGCUGAAGAAGUGGACUUUUCAUGAUUUGUUGAUUCAUAGCAAUAAAGUCGGGUCAGCUUACCAUCUAAAAGCUCCUCAAAGUCAUCAACGAAGAACUCUCGCAGUGGUGGUCGCUUUGGCCUUUUCAGUGUGUUGAGCAGCUGCUGGAUGUUUCUGGAAACCCGACUGCUGAGGUGGUGAAACCUAAAAGUCGCAGACUGGCGGCUUUAACCAGCACUGGUAAGUCAGAGCUUGUUGAAACCGUUAGGUUGCUCGGAGAAGAGAUGGCAGACAUUAAGAGAAGUCUAGCUAACCCUCAGCCAGUACAAAGAGUAAGAAGGGGUGUUAGGAGAGGAUGUCGAGUGUGCAGAGAGCAGGGCACAGCUGACCAAUGUGAACACUGUUUUAAAUGCGGGCAUUCAGUGCAUUUCUCAAAAGCCUGAAGAGGAGAGGCCAAGAAAACCAUAUAGGAUGAAAGUAAAUGUUCAGCUUCCCAAAACCUAACGGAAGAAGACAGCAAGGUACAGGAGUUACUUUUUAAUUGAAUUAAACAGCUAGAAGCACAGUUGGAUAAGGACAGAAAACAGGAAGGAAGUGUAGGAUGCACCUUUGCCAGCCAUUUGUCCUUAACAAAUCAGGCAAAGCUAAAGGCUCUGAUAAGAAGAAAGUGCAUGGUGGAUUGUUUCCUUGAAGGGGUCCCAAGUUACCAUCAUCAAUGAAAGCUGGAGAAAGUCUUUUCUUCCACAUGUCAGGUUACAUGGUACAGAAGAGCUCCUAGGGCCGGGUGAGACCCUGGUUGGAACUGCAGCAAACCAGACACCCGUACCAUUUGCAGGCUGGGUAGAAUUAACAUUCAGGCUUAGAGUGGAGACCCAACCACAAAUAGAGUUGCUUGUGCCAGUUCUAGUAGCGAGCCUGGAGUUGCUGAACCCCCAAUCACAGGCUACAAUGUGAUUGAGCUACUGAUUAAGAAUGGAAUGAAGCAACAACCGGAGGCGACAAGCAAAGCAGUUGGGGAAGCAUUCUCAAUCACAUGCAAACAGGCCAGAAUGCCGAUUAAAAUUGUGAAACAUAGUGACCAAGAUGAUAAAGAGGGUGUAGUCAAGGUUGGAGGUUCAGAAACUACUGUUCCUGAAGAUCAGGCCAGAGAGAUUAAGUGUUUUGUCAGAACAGGUCCACUUUCCUCAAAACAAGAUGUGCUUUUUGAACCUGAGAGCACUUGUAAUUGGCCUGAGGGUCUGAGCAUAAAUGAGACAGUUGUUGUUUUGCAGAGAGAAAUCAUUCUAAAGUGACAAUUCCUGUUGCUAACAACAGUAGUUGUGACAUUACACUCAUGCCUCGCACAGUGCUGGAACGACUGUAUCAAGUUAGACCAGUUUAUCCAGUAGCUGUAUCAUAGAAACUACGAGCAAGGUGAGAGGUAGUGAUACUGACAUCCCUGAAAGUGUCACAUGUGAGCAUACACAGCCAGAACUAGACAAAAGUGAGUUGUGGGAUCUUCCAGUUACAGUCGUGAAACAAAUGCUUCGAGAAGAUUGCAAUACAUUCUCCAGAGAUGACAAUGAUGUAAGAUGCAUACCUUCCUUGCAGCUAAAGAUCAGACUGAAGGACACAACACCAGUGAAGCGCACAUACACUUCAAUACCAACACCACUUCUGAAAGAGGUGAAAGAGUAUUUGAAUGACCUGUUAAAUAGAGGAUGGAUCCAAAAGUCUAGAUCUCCUUAUUCGUCCCCCAUUGUCUGUGUUUGUAAAAAGGAUGGGGGCUUGUGUCUGUGUGUGGACUAUUGUGAGCUUAACCAGAAACUGAUACCAGACGUCAUCCCAUUCCUCGAGUGCAGGAUAUUUUAAACAACUUAUGAGGAAGUGCGUGCUUCUCAGUUUUAGAUCAAGGAAAGGCAUACCAUCAGGGCUUCCUGGAAGAGAAUAGCAGACCACUCACAGCCUUUAUUACACCUUGGGGACUAUAUAAGUGGGUUAGGAUCCUCUUUGGUCUAUCCUCAGCACCAGCAGAGUUCCAGCGUAGUAUGGAAGAGUGUAUUUUAGGACAAAGGGCGGAAUCCUGCCAGACAUAUCUAUAUGAUGAUCUGUUUCAUAGUGAAUUACUUGACGAUCAUCUGAAGGAGGUGAGAGAGGUGCUGUGUCACAAUCAGGCACUUGGUAUUAAGUUAAAGCCGACCAAUUGUGAAGUAUUUAGAGAUCGAAUGAAGUUUCUAGAAAAGAUCGUAACCAAAGAUGUCUACUGCAUGGAUCCUGCCAAAAUUGCACCUGUGCUAGCUCUCAAAGACCGUGAGCCAAAGACAGUGGGUGACCUGAGAAAAAUGCUGGGCUUUUUGCCACACCGCCCCUUACAUUCCAAACUUCUCACGCAUUGCAAAACCACUGUAUAAUUUGAUGACAGUUGACAGGAAGACAUCCUUGGAUUUAUCUGUGACAGGGAAACGGACUGCGGACAAAGUCUCCUCUGUUGCACGCACUGUAACAUUAAGCAUUCUUACAUGCAUGCAAAACACGGAACUAAGAGUCCAUCUGCUCGGCUCAGAGACAUGCGCAUGCAAUGUGCAUGUGCACACGAUUGCACAACAGCACAAUUGAUUAAUCCGUGUGCACCUUUGAGUAAAUCAUGCACACUGUUUACUAAAUGGGGCACACAGUUUAUCAGAUUUUUUUUGUUAUUAAUCACUGGCCCCUGGGUGCUCAGUAAAAAGAAAUUCAUAAAAUAAACAUUUUGUAAAACAAAAGUAAAUUCCAGAAAUUGAAAUGAGGACAAUUUCCUGAAAUCGGGGCCACCAUAUGUUACAGAAACUGCAAUUUUCCUUUACCUUCUUUUUAAGUUGCUGCAAUUCCCAACCAGAGGCUAACUGUGACUACAGUGGAAAUAAGACCAGGAAACACACGUCAGUGAUGAUGCUUGCUUCCUAGUUCCUUUUCUCAGGACAUCCCUCCCUGGGUAUGGUCUGUAUAAAAGGCAGAGUGAUGUGAGAACAUUUGUUUCAGCGAAGACAAACUACAUCAACAUGACUCAGUUAAGGCAGAAUGAGAUGAGCCACCUUUUCUAGGCAAAGCUGGGACACAAUGAGUCAGAGGAGGAGCAAAGCCCGGACUUCCUUUGGGCCCACAGCGCCCCCCUUCCUUGACUACCUGAAAAACAUUCUGCGCAAGUAUCCAGAUGGUGGGCAGAUUUUAAAGGAACUGAUUCAAAAUGCAGAUGACGGUCAAGCAACAGAAGUGGUUUUCAUUCACGAUGAAAGAAGAUAUGGGACUGAGAGUCUGUGGACGAAUAAACUUGGAAAAUACCAAGGUCCUGCUCUCUAUGCCUACAACAAUGCAGCCUUCACAGACGAGGACUGGGAGAGAAUUCAAAUGGCAGGAAGGAGCGGCAAAGUCAAUGACCCAAACAAAAUCGGGAGGUUUGGAAUUGGCUUCAACUCCGUUUACCACAUCACCGACGUGCCAAUUAUAUUCAGCUCAGGACAUCUUGGGGUGAUGGACCCGCAAGAAAACAUUUUUGGUGAAAGAAAUGGAGGCUUUCUGUGGUCCUUGGAGGAUGAAGAGCACAAAGAGGCUUUGAUGACGAUGCAUGAUCAGUUUCAGCCCUUUCGAGACAUCGUUUCAGUUAUAAAAGGAGAAAAAUGGUCAAAAAUUAUGGAGGAUGAGCAUUUUGCUGGGACACUUUUCAGAUUCCCCCUCCGCAAUGAAAUAUCCGAUAUCUCAGAUAACCUGUACAACUCAGGAAAAGUGGUUGAGCUUUUUGACAGCUUUAUUGCAGAUGCAGAACUGAGCCUCCUGUUCUUAAGAAGCGUGCGCUCAGUGUCCUUGCUACACAUCAGCUGCGAUGGGACUGUUAAGACCAGACUUGAAGUAAAAGCUUCCUCCUCAGAAGUCCCUCUACAAUCAGAGGAAGACUCAGAUCUUGAGGGUUUUACAAGAUUCAAACAGAUUAUCCUCAAAUCAGAAGAUUACAAAGAAACACAGUGGCUUGUGACAACAUGCACUAUGAAAAAGGGACUCAUGGAAGAUCUUGAUGUCCUUGCAGAAAAGUUAAGCUUUGUUCCCAGAGUUGACUUAGCUUUUCCCUGCAGCGAGCAGAGAGAACACGGGGAGGGAAGACUGAGCUGCUUCCUCCCUCUCCCGAACAACGAGUCCAACAAGACCGGCCUCCCAGUUCAUGUGAAUGCUUGCUUUGGCCUUACAGACAACAGAAGACAUCUCAAGUGGCAGGAAGAAGAUCAGAGACAUGAUAAACAUGCUUUGUGGAAUGAAUUACUGGUAAACAAAGUACUUCCUCAAGCAUUUGUGGUGAUGAUUCAAGAUGCCAUCAAACUUUGUCAAGAAUCUCGCCUGCCUGUUCCUUCCGUGUACCGUCUGUGGCCUGACAACUCCCACAUGCAGCACAAGGACAAAUGGCGAAAAGUUGCUAGGGAUGUUUUUGAUCAGUUAUUCAGACAGGAUGCAGCUGUCCUCUCUCUCGCUAAAGAUGAACGUUGGUUCAUCCCUUUGUCUGAUGCCAUAAUACCCAGCAAGGAUCUUAAAAAGCCAGAAAUAGUAAAUGCUGUUAAAAGGACCUUGGUUUUCUAUGGAGAAAAUCUUGUCACUGUACCAGAUCAUGUAAUGAAGGCCAUCGAGACCACUUCCCACACAACCCCAAAGCAAGUAACUCCAAGCUUCCUCAGGAGGGUUUUACUCAUGAAUGGGAUGCAGUCCAUUGCUAAGGAGGACAAACUCUGUCUUUUGGAGUUUGUAUUGAGUGAUGAAAACUACAAUGAGCUUCAGGGUCUCCAGCUUCUUCCUCUCAGCGAUGGCUCCUUCACAUCUUUCACAAACAGAGAAGAGGACACUGCGUUGAUUGACACAGAAGAAUUUCCAAGAACCUUGCUGCCGUGCUGUAAACACCUUUUCAUCUCAAAUGACCUGAGUUCCGACUGCAAAACGUACUUGAAAAAGCUUGCAUUAAAACAUGUCUUCAACGUCAUCAUCCUUGAUGCUGUCUGUGUAGCGGAAUACACAAGAAGGUAUUUACCACAUGACUGGAGGCAGACAGAAAAGGCUCUUGUUUCGUGGAACAUCGGGAGCAGUGAACAUCCACCUUCAGACUGGAUUCAUCAGUUCUGGAAAUUUCUUGACAGUCAUUUCAAAGAUUUAAAUGAUUUCACUGAAAUACCUUUGAUACCCGUCAGCCCUCUGUCCAACAGUCCUCCUGUGUUGCUAGCUAAACUACAACAGAAGACAACUCUCAUUUUUCAGAAAACCAAGAAGAGUAGUUUACCAGACCAAAUAGCUCAACUAGUGACCAAAGCUGGUGGCACUGUGGUGAGAGGAAAUGACUGGCUCAGGCAUGCAGAUCUUGAUUUAUACGUGCUUAGUCCAUCUCCAAGGAGUGUCUUAACGAUCUUGUCAAAUGUAAAUCUUAAACAUCUGAUGAAAUGCCUUGAGUCCCAACCUUUUGCAACCCUGGAAGAGCUGAAAGGCUACCUCUCUGGCCUAGAUUUUCUCUCAAACGCAGACAGAGAUUUACUCUUGUCACUGCCCUUGUUCCAGUCCUUGAAAGGCCUCUGCAUGAAUGCCAAAUCACAACAAGCAGUACUACUAACAACCAGCCCAAAAGUGCCAACAGACCUGCCAAUGCCAGAUUCACAUAUCCAGUGUACUUCCAAGACUGAUGAGAGAUUCCUACAGCUGCUCAAAGUACAAAUCUUGGGACCUGCUGAAGCUGCAGUUGUCCUUGUCGAGUUAAUUGAAAGAAAGUCUUGCAGUGCUGCAGAAACAGAAAAAAUAAUGACUUGGAUUUUACAACAUGGCAGCAUCCUUUUCAGUCAAAAUGAGGUAUUGAAAUACAGAUGCAGAGACUUGAGAUUUAUUCAGAGAAACGGAGAACAGACUAGGGUUUCAAGCUUUUUUGAUCCAAGAGUAAAAACCUUUGGAGACAUCUUUGAGGCCAACUUCUUUCCCCCACCUGUGUACACCAAAACAGAACAGAUGUUAGAAACUCUGACAGAGCUUGGUCUAAAAAGAAAAGAAUCAGACGUGAAACCAGAGCAUUUAUUGCAAGCUGCCAAGUUGGUUGAAAAACUACAUGCAAACUCUCAGAGCAAGGCUUUGAGAAGAUCUCAAGUUCUCCUUGGUAUAAUGGACUCCAAUGAUCUCCUGUCAGUGUUUUCUGCCGAACAACUUCAUCAACUCAAGAUGAUAAGGUGGCUACAGUGUGAUCAACCUGGUCAGGAAAAAAGGGAGUUGUACUCCCCAAAUGAAGUCAGACACACUAUGUAUGAGCACAUUGUAGGUUUCGUAAUGCCUCUGACAGACAAGCUCAGUGAGAGAGUCAGCAGCAAAAUUGGUCUCAAACAAGUGCCUCCACCUGAGAAAGUGACAGAAAACCUGUUGGUCCUAAAAUCCAAAGCAAAGGAAAUGACAAACCCAGACACAAAUGCAGAUUUCAAACAAAAACUUCAUUGUAUUUACAGACACAUGCAGGAAAACGUAUCUGCUUUUGCAGCAGUGAUGGACAAAAAGGAGUGCUGGCUUUGGGCCCAUAACCAGUUUGAUUCACCUCAGAAACUGGUUCUUAACUACCCAGGUGGUUUAGAUCUGAGCUCUUACAUUGUCAAAGUACCAAAUGAAUUCCUGCCAUACAAGAAACUGCUCCAGGAGUUUGGUCUGAGAACAUCACUUUCAGAUAAGGAGGUCAUUGCCAUUUUGUAUACCAUCCAGAAAAGCAUUGAAGAAAGACAACAGCCUUUUGCAAGCCCUGCUGAGGUAAAAGUGUCAACAGAGAUUCUUUGCUGGAUAUGGAGACAGAAGAAGGAGGUUCCUGAAGAUAUACCAGUGCUGGUUGUCAUAGAGGAUGAACAGUUUACCCUUAAACCACGGUCAGAGGCCCUAAUCUGUGAUUUGGACAAAGAUAAACUGAAAAAAUUUCCAUUUAGUAUUGAGGAAAUGUACAUUGUGCAUGAGGAAAUCCCAAUAGCUGCAGCUGAAUGGUUGAAAAUUAAGUUUCUCAGCAACCACAUACUUGCUCCAGAGUCACUAGGAAUUGAACAAUUUGGUCAAAGGGAACCAAUAACCACACGUAUCAAGAACAUCCUUAAAGAGUAUGAUGAACCAAAUGACAUCUUCAAAGAACUCAUUCAGAAUGCAGAGGAUGCUGGAGCUGAUACCUGCAAAUUUAUGAUUGACUUCAGAGAACACAGAGAUCCCCCAGAGAGUCUUAUUGAUCCCGGCAUGUCCCUUUGUCAGGGACCAUGCCUUUGGGCCUUCAACAAUAAACAGUUCACAACUGAGGACUGGGAAAAUAUUGUCAAAGUAGGAUCAGCAUCAAAAGAAACCAAAGUGGAAAAGAUUGGAAAAUUUGGACUUGGCUUUAAUACAGUUUAUCAUGUGACAGAUGUGCCCUCAAUCCUUAGUGGCAGCAGGCUUCUCAUACUUGAUCCAAAUGUCACACACCUCAAGAAACACAUUCAACACCAAACAAAUCCUGGAAUCAGACUGGAUCUCUCUCAAAAGAGAAUCUUGGAUUGCUUUCCUGGACAGUUUGCACAGUAUGAGCACAUUUUUGACUGUAAUUUCAGCAGACAAAGUCCUCCUGAACCUUACACAGGAACUUUGAUUAAAUUGCCCUUCCGAAGUGAAAAAGAGGUUCUAAGAUCAGAAAUAAGUACAAAGGUGUUCUACAAACAUGAUAUCCUUGCUUUGAGGGAUUAUUUCAGGGAAAAUUCAAAAUCAUACCUGCUUUUCCUGAAGAAUAUAAACACAUUGUCUCUACAACGUAUUUCGUGCACUUUAUCAACUCCACCAAAAGAUGAUGAAAUGGAAACGAUCCUGACCAUCUCCAAAACUGUGGAGGAGUUAAUUACUAUUGAGGAAACAAGCUAUUCAAAACAGGACCAAGCUGUGAAUUCACUCCAGAAAAUCGAUGCAAAGUGCAAAGACAUUAUUGACAGCUGCACACUCAGCAUUAUCAAAAUGACUAGCCAUGAGCAGUUUGGUGAACCUGAGGAGGAUUUCUGGCUCUUGUACAACUGCUUUGGAACAGGUGCAUCCUUGGAAAAGGUCCUUCAAAAAAACAUUACAGCUGUCUUCUCUCUUCCCAUUGGAGGAGUUGCUGUGCCUUUGCAAACAAAUCCAGACACUGGGAAACUGGCCCCUCUAAAUGCAGACUUUGUUGGACAGGCGUUUUGCUCCCUUCCCCUUCCAAUUCACACAGGUCUUCCAGUAAACGUAAACGGGGCAUUCGCUGUCAUGAGCAACCGCAAAAGUUUGUGGCAAAGUGGAGAGAAAAGGUCAUGGAAUGAGGUUCUUCUUCGUGAUCCCGUAACAACAGCAUACAUCACUGCACUUUUGGCACUGAAGAAAAUGUCUGAAGAGAAGCAACUGGAAAGUUACUACUAUCAUUCCUUUUGGCCCAACAGGGAGAAAGUGAGUGACAGUUUCAAGCCUUUAGUAGAUGAGUUUUACUCAUCCAUUGCUCAGCAAGCCACUGAUCUGGAGCUCUUCAGUGAUGGAGAACGCUGGUGCUCAAUGAACAAUGCCAUGUUUUUACAUGAGAGCAUUGAAGAGGAUACAGACAUUGGCGCACUUGCAGCUCAGAUAUGCAAAGAACAUGUAAAUAAACCCAAAUGUGUUGUUUCUCUUCCAGUGUGGUUGAGAAACAGCUUCAAACAGUGUGGAUUACACAAUAUUUUACAGAACAACAUAAUGACUUGGACAAGAUUUUAUCAAGAGGUGGUCUUUGAAAACCUUGAUGUCAUAGACCCUAAAAGUAGAGAUGCCCUUGUGCUACAUGCUCUUGACCUCAAUAACAAAGACAUUAACACACUGCUGGUUCACCAUCCAUGCAUUCCUACAUCAAAUGGCCAACUUCAGUGUGUGAAAAAACUUGUAAGUCCAAUGGGAAAAGUGGCCUGUCUUUAUGAACCAAAAGAGGGACGCUUGCUUGGAGGUACCAAAAAUGACUUUCUCUCACCAGAGAGAAUUCAGCGUUUGUUGGAACUUGGAAUGACAAAUGACAAUCUUCCAUUAGAAGAGAUUGCACUGAAAGCAGAAAGAAGGCAUAUGAACAUUUAAAGUGCCUUCUUGAAAUAAUGAAGAAACACACGGAUGACCAAGACUCUUGUUCCUGGGAAACACUGAGGAUAACUGCAUUUAUUCCUGCCUUUUCACCUGGUGACAUAAAGAUGGAAGGAAAAGCUAACCUUUACAAGCCCACAGAGGUUUUCACAGAUGAAUGCUCAAUGCUUGUUAACAUGAUACAUCCUGUGUUGGAUAGCGAUGGUCUGAAGAUACACAAUGCUGAUCCAGUUCUAGAAAUGUUGGGACUGCAGAAGAAUCCAGAUUCAAAGACAGUACUUUACCAGCUUCAGAAAGCAAGUAAUCAAAAAGGAUCAACUGACACACCAAUGCUUCACAAGAUAGCAUACACGUGCUACAAAUUUCUUGACCAGCGGAUCAGUGAAUGUGACGAUAUUGCCUUAUUUUCACAACAAGCAAACUCAUUUCCAUUCAUUUUCAUAGGUGAUACAUUUGUGAAUGUCGACCAGGUAGCAGGAAGUGAUAAGUUUGAAGCAAAACCAUACCUACAUGUACUUCCAGCUACCUUUAAAAGUUGCAGGAAUCUUUGGGAGAGUGUGGGUGUUGCCAAAACGUUUACUACAAGUCACUUUCAGUCUGUGCUUCACAACAUACAUGCAAAGUAUAAGAGCAAGCCCCUGUCAAAGGGUGAUCUGGCAAUUUGCCUGGCAAUUUUAAAACAAGCCCUACACGAGACAGAUGAGAUAAAUAAAGAUGACUGUCUGAUACCAAAUGCAAAAGGAGUUUUACAACCAGCAAGUGAGUUAUUUUUCAAUGACAGUCAAUGGAUUCCAGUCUCUCCAAGUGUCACCCUCUGUCAUGAAGACAUCCCACGUUCUAUGGCUCUUCACUUUGGAAUCCAAACAAUCCGACAUCACACCCUUGAACGCUUCACAGAUGACAACUUCUCUGCUUUUUCCUUUGACUUUGAACAGCGUGAAGAACUAGCUGUUAGAAUUAAAAACAUCAUCUCAGCCUAUUCGUCCAAGAAGGACAUUCUCAAAGAGUUGAUCCAAAAUGCUGAUGAUGCAGAAGCAACAGAAAUUCAUUUUGUUUGGGACAAAAGACAACAGGGCAAGGAAAAAACAUUUGGAGAGAGAUGGAACCAUCUGCAGGGUCCAGCCCUGUGUGUGUUCAACAACAAAGUGUUUUCAGAUGAGGAUUUAAAAGGGAUUCAACAGCUGGGAGAAGGAGGAAAGCGGGAAACCCUCGGAAAAACAGGUAAAUUUGGGGUUGGAUUCAAUUCUGUGUAUCAUCUGACAGACUGCCCCUCCAUCCUUACUGGAGACAAAUUUCUUUGCAUUUCGGAUCCAAACAUGAAAUACAUUGAAACCCAACCAAACAACCAGAAACUUGGCAUUGGCUAUAAACUAGCUGACACAUUCAAGGAAAUGUAUGAUGAUGUCUACAGAUCCUUUCUUCCAGAACAAUUCUUGCUUGAAGAGGGCACCAUGUUCAGACUACCUCUAAGGACAGAAUACAGUGCAAAAAAUUCCAGAAUAUCCUGUCAGGAAGUCACAGAGCAUGACAUGAGAGAACUGUGCUCUGCCCUGUCAGAUGAUCCUGAAGGACUAAUUCUAUUCCUGAAAAACAUUUGCAAAAUAACAGUACAUGAAAUUAAUAAUCAAUCAGGAAAACUUCAAACUAUCUUUGCAGUGGAAAAAAGUUUGCCACAAGAAAACAGAAAAGAAAAAGAUGAGUUUGUAAAAUCUCUUCAAGAUGCUUUGGAAUCUCAGAGGCCUGUAACUCCUCGCACAGUUUUCUAUAAAACCACAGUCUCUACUUCAAAUAAAAGACAGAGCACAUGGCUCAUUGCAGAACAAUUUGGGUCAUCCAAAAGCAGGAAAACUGUGUUUGACAAACCUCCUCAGGGUGCGAUAGCUGCGCUGGUGAGCACAAAGGGAGCAGAUGUAUCUUCGCUUAGCAGAUAUAAAGGCAGAGCGUUUUGUUCCCUUCCCCUGCCUGGGGUCACUGGACUACCAGUUCAUGUCAAUGGAAACUUUGAGGUGGAUUCUGGCAGAAAAAACCUCUGGAAAGAAGAUGGCCAAAGUCAGAAAUUAGAUUGGAAUGAGUUCCUGACUCAAGAUGUCAUUGCUCCACUUUAUGCAGAAAUGCUUCACUACAUCAAGCAGAGAAUUGGAGAGAAGACCGUUUCUCUUGUAAGUCUUGAAACCUCUUUCAGUGCCUCUUAUUUGAAGUUUUGGCCUAUCUUCUCUACAGAUGUUAACACAGAGUGGCAUGAAAUGAUACAUGAAGUGUACAGGUCAAUAAAAGAGAAAGGCUUGGACCUCAUUCCAGUUUUAAGAAGCUCCACACGAAAAGUUGCAAGUCGGCAUAUAAAAGAAUAUACCUUUGACUGGUGUAAUCUCAGAGAAACAGAGAUAACUAAAGUACCUUACCUGACACAUUCUAGUGAUGACAUGAACAAUGACAUUUUGGAAGCUCUCGAGAUGAAACUGGUUCCUUCCAGCAUCCUCAUGGACAAGAUCUGGAAAAGUUUCAAAUCAGCUGGCAUUGAAGUAAAAAAUGUCUCCCCAGCUGCUGUGCGGACUUUCUUACAAGCCAAGCUUCUAAAUGAUCCAACCAAAACAGACAAGGAUUUACCCUUGCCAUUAACUGACACUCUGAUCAGAGAUAAAAGAAGAUGUUCACAGCUUUUGAGCUUCUGUUUAAAAGAUCCUGAUUUAGAAAAGAUGAAACACAAUCCCAACUUACUUGAUGGCGUCCCGCUGCUUCUCACAAGAGAUGAAGUUCUGAGAGUGUUUGACCCUGCAUCUCCAAAACUGAUAUCUUCUCAUGAAAACCUUUUCUCAGACUACAAGGACAACUUUGCAGAUUAUGAAACCAACAAGAGUCACAUAAAGAUUCUCAAAGCUUCCAACCUUGUCAAUAGCCUGACUCUUCCAUGUGCGGCAAAGUAUUUAAAGCCAUUAAUUCAACAGCAUCUUCAGAAGUGUGACGUUGAUCUAGACAGCGGUCUUCAUGUUCCAAAUGAAGCAAUGGUGUACUGGUUGGAAUCACUUUGGAGGUUUCUUUAUAGUGAAGUUAAACCUCAAACAUCUAAAAAAGAUGGAAAAGCUCAGACUUUGGAGGAUGUCUUAAAGUUCUUCAGUGAUUGUUGCAUUCUGCCUGUUGUGUCCACAAGGUUAAAAAACAAGCGUCUCCUGCAACGGAUAACCAACAUAAGAAGUGUAAUUGAGUUUACAUCAGAGACCAAAAUAACAAGCAUCCUUUUCAAACUUGGUUUUUUAAAGCUAGAUUAUAUGUUCUUUUAUGAAGUAAACAAGGAAUUUUUUCGUUUUCUACGGGAUGAACUAACGGAUGUAAAUGACAGCAAUUCAGUGCUGGAUCAGGUCUGCAACAUUAAACACUCAGAAUUCUCUCACCUCUCAAGAGAUGAUAUGAUAGCAUUGCAGAAGUUCUUGCAAACUGGCCUGUCCAUGUCCAAAAACAGCAAAGAGGACCAGCCGAAACUCAGAUCUUUGCCUUUGUUUGAAACAGUGCAGGGUGAACGAGUGAGGAUCGAUGGACCAAAAGCUGUUUUUGUCCUCAACAGCACACAUUUAAGGAAAUUUACCGAUUUGAUUGCACUGCCAAAAGACGACAACAUUUUUCUCAGUAAUAACUCAGAAAACUAUGAUUUGUCACAAAUGCUGAACAUUCCAGUCCUGAACGAUUUGGAAUAUUUAAUGAAGUUCAUUUUGCCUCAUGCCCACAACCUCACAGAGAACGAGAUUCUUCAGUCGCUGAAGCUGUUGCUCUUAAACCCUUCAGAAUUUUCAAACUACAAGGAUAAAAUCAUCUCCACAAUGAAGACAGUCAAGCUGAUCCGCAGUUCUCAAGGUCAGAUGGAAACCGCAUCGUAUUUCUUCGACGACAAAAUCGAGCUUUACAAGAAAAUGGUUUCUAAAGACAGAUUUGUGCCUGAAAGGUUUUGGACAGAAUUGGGCGAAGGAAAUGUUCUAACACCAAGGACCUUAAUCCAAGAUUUUGGAAUGAAGCAUAAAAUAUCAGAAGAGGAUAUCAUCAAUUUUGCACUCCAGUUAGAAUCUGAGGCAAAACAGAGCCAAAAUCUUAAAGAACUGGGAAAAAAAUCAUCGCUGUUGUUGAAAGAAGCACUUAACAAAGUGAAUGCUGACAAAAAGUCAGGGGAAAAUCUGUUGCGCAGCAUUGCCCACAUUCCUUUCCUUGUUCCUAUGAAGAUUCGGGAAGAACUAUGCAAGUAUCACCAAGCAUUUGCAGCCCAGAGAAAUGUUGUUGAAAUUAGAGCCUCUUUGAUUAAAGUGGAUCCAAAACAUCAAGAUCUGAUUUGGACCUCAAUGCCGAUUAUAGAUCUACCAGUUAAGAUCACAGGGCAGCUCCUGCAAAGGAUGAAGAAUGUUGGAGCUCAUGAAAAGCCACCAACACAUUUGGUGACGGCCAACAUGAGGAACAUUUGUCAGUCUCCUUGUUCAAACGAGCAGCAGAUCAUAACACGCGCUGCAGUGUUUCGAAGUGCUUACGCCUUUCUGCAAGCUGUAGACUUUCCUGCAGAGACACUGACAGAUCUACCAGUGGUGUUGGUUGAAGAAGACACUCAGCUUGCCAAGGCCUCUGAUGUGUGUCUCUCCCUCAAAGAUGAUCUUGAGUUCAGACCUUAUUUACACAAAAUUCCUCCUCACGAUGCUUUGUUUGGUGAGUUUUUUAGAAAGAUAGGUGUGAAAGACGCACCCACAGCAGGGCACUUCUGCAAUGUCCUGGCAGCAGUCCAUGCUGAUUCCAGAGAUAAGCAACAGCUGAACGCUAACCAGCUAAAAACUGUCAAACGAGCUGUUGAGCAGCUGUUUAACUUGUUGAAAGCUCAAGGAAACGCAAUCCGGGCUCUGAUCUGUUCUGAUGGUGAAAUCUUGUAUCUUCCCGCAGUGGAUGGAAAGUUAUACUCCUCAUCCUCCCUUUUCUACAAUGACACAACCUUUGAGACCAAAAGGUUGGAGGAAGCUCUUGAAAAUAAGUUCCUGCUGCUUGAGAAACUCAGCAAGUGUCACUUGGAUUGUGACAUCUAUGAGCAGCAUCGGCUGGUGCAUCUGCUACCUUCUAGUUUACAGCCUAAAAUGUUGACUCAGUUAACUCGGGAGGAAGUGGUCGAAUCACUUUUAAAACCUUGUAAGUUCUUGACUGGUUGUGAGUUUAGUGGAUGGUUCAAUCAGCAUCUUUCUUCUAAAGAAUUUAGACAUGGACUUGUAUGUCUUCUUAAGGAUCAGUCUCAGGGCAAAGUAUCCCAGAAAGAGGCCUCAGAAAUGUGUGACAGAGCCUUCGGCAGCAUUCAGAUUAUCUGUUGUGAGAGCCUGGCAACAAUGCUGUGUAUGGAUAAUGAGCAACUGGACAAAACUACCAGAGAAACUGAUGUUUUUGUGAGAAGAAAGCAACAUGGCUGCACAGUGUACUUGAAACACAAUGAAGACAUGGCUCCCAAAGUGCUAAAUGCUAUUAACAUGGCAUUAACAAAAGAGAUGAAUCUUCUUCUUGGCCACAGACUUACAUCAGAGCAUCUCCAAGUGCUUGGACAGCUCCUUCUGUGUGAUGAUCUCCAAGAUGUUCAGAAAUGUUUGGCCGACAAUAAUAUUCAUGACAGUGCGGACACGGAGAGUGUUCUUUUCAAUCCACCGGAUCCAGGUACAGAAAUUCCUGAGGAAUGGCACGACGCGUUAGACAUGAGCUUCCUCAACAACUUUGAAGAGGGCGAAUAUGUUGGCUACAGGUUCAAUGACAAGUACAUUUAUGCAGUUAUAUCAGAAGAGACUCCUGGAGACGCAGGGCGAUGCUCUCAGAGAUACAAAGUAGACGUUGGACAGAAUGAGUUUGUUGAAGUCAGCCAUCUGGACCUGUAUCAGUUUAAACGAGAAAAGACCCCACAUUUGCUUUCUAUGGAACUGGAACCACUGGCAGGGGCCCCGCCACGUUCCUCCAAUAAAUCAUCAAGGCCAUUACCAGCUACAUUACUGGAAGCUAAAAGUGAAAUUGACAGUUGUCUGACUGCGCUCUGGAGUCUUUCUUCUGAGGAGAGACAAAAAGGAAUCAAGCGGCUUUACCUCAGAUGGCAUCCUGACAAAAACCCUGACUGCCCUGAACUCGCAACAGAAGCCUUCCAAUAUUUGCUGAAUCGUAUUGACGAACUCACCAAAGGCGAGGGGGGGCCUGCGAAGCAAUCCAGCUCCUGGGGAAACUGGGAUUUCAGAAACUUUCAUGAGCAGUGGAAUCGGGAGGCAAGAUUUCACAGAAGCAGUCGAGAAAGAUCCUUCAGGGGCUGCAACUCCAACAACUUCUGGACCCACUAUACAAAUAUUCCACCGCCAAACAAAGAGGAGGCCCAGCGCUGGUUCAGGCAGGCUCGCUGUGAUCUCGAUGCUGCUCAGAAAGACUCAGACGGAGAAAGCACGGAGUGGUGUCUUUUCAAAAUCCACCAAGCGGUGGAAAAGGCUCUCAUAGCUGCAGAGUUUAAACGUACUGGUCAACGUACCGCCAACAGCACCAUUUUGGCCACAGCUGAAAAAGUUUCCCGCUACCACAGCCUGCUGAGGGAUCUGCCUGAGAUUGUAGACGAUCUAAAGAAGCUGGGAGUGGACAACAGAAAGACUCAGUACCCCAGCUGUCACGCUUUUCCUCACAUUCCAAACGGACAGUUUCAAUCAGAGGAUGGAGUACGUGCGCUGAACAAAGCCUCUGAACUUUUCAGUAAAAUACAAACAUACAUUCAGUGAACUCAGGAAGACUCAGGAUCUUUACUUGAUGCAUGGCGUUCUGUCAGUUUGCACGUAAAACAUCCUAGAAAGGUGGAUUUUCAUUUAUGAUUGAUUUUUAUCUAGAAUAUGAAACAACUGUAUGUAACUGUUAUAGAAGUUGAUUUUUUUUAAAAGGAGCUAUUAUUAACAUUCCAAUACUGAACAAUUCUCUUUCAUUUGUAUUUGUUGUUGGGGAUCAACACAUUUAAUAUUGUAAUAUUUUUUUCUUUUUCCCCCUAUAUAUUUGUGGACCGUGUACUACUAUAGUUAUAUAAAUACAUACUACAAUAUAUACUAGUAGUAAAAUCCCUUUGUGAUAUUGAAAAUAUACAAAAUACCAAUUUCAAUAUAACCUUUUUCUAGUGUUUAAUCAUACUUGAUUCAUAGUAGUUUUGUCUUAUUUGAAUUCCAGUUUUUUAAACUGAAGGUUAUUUUUUCAGAUAAUGCGUACACUUCUUAUGAUGAUUUUAGAAAGUUUAAUGCUCUGAUAUUUUUGUAUGUUACCUCUUGCAAUAAUAUUUUUAAAAUGUUCUACUGAGUUCUUUACAGAAAAAAAAGAUUUUAUUUGUUGAAUUUGUAAUAUUUGGAAGCAGUUGGUGGUUAAAGCUGCAAUUUUGUCUCUAAGCAAUAUCUUUGGAGGUUUUCUUGGUGAUGUUAGCUUUUAUGUUUCUCUGUGUUUUUUAGAGAAGAUUUAAAUUCAGUCUGUGUAGGACGUGAGGCAACAUGGGAACCAUUUAUUUAUAUCUAACGGUCACUUUUCUGAUUUAUGCAUUACUGUAACAAAAUAAAUUGAUAAAACACA